AUGCAACUUGGUACACCUUAUUACUUAGUUCCAACAACGUACAGUCCGGAUGUGACUGCAGCAUUCAAAGUAGUAGUAUAUGGUUCUGCACGGGUUGGUAUUGCUCGAAUCACGUUUCCUCAACCGAUGCCAUUUGUGCGCUGCUUUGGAUCUGCUGCAGAUCCAAUGUGUCCAGCUCACGUUUAUGAUUUCAAUCGUGCAUUAAAUGGUGGAACAUUACCUGUGAACAAAUUGUUUUUCAAUCUCGAAGAUCCAAUGACAACCAAUGGCUAUGUUCAAACAAUACAAAUUCAAUAUGGACAAGGACAAUAUCCGAGUCCGACGGCUCGCAUUUGGAUCUAUGGCGUUGUGCCAUUAGCUGGUAGCUAUAUUGUUUGCAGCCAAUAUGCCAUUCCAAGAUCGCAAAUAUCAACAAGUCAAGCAAAUCAAACCUAUAGAAUUCCAAGUAACGCCAUUAAUGUUUUCAAUGGAGCAUAUGUUGGCAUGGGUAUUCAAGACUCAAAAGCAGCUGUCGCAACAGCAAAUAAUGGAUUUGCUUUAUAUGUGAAUGGUGCCGAUCAGACAACAAAUGUUGCUUCACGUGAUCCAUUGUUUUUUCAACCAGAUCGUAACAGAAUUGGUGUCAAACUUACUUAUACAAUAGUUACUUAA